GCCGCGAAAUUUUUCUUAUCAGUGAAAGAAACUUUUUUCCGGUGAAAUUGGUGAAAUAUUCAUUGUUUUACUUCGUAAAAUUCGUCUUAAUUUUCUUGUGAUGUGCUGAAUUAGUUACUAAUAAAUACCGGCAACAUUUCAUCGCCAUAAUGGUCGUUGAAAUGAAUGAAACAAAUAAAAACGUACGUAUCCGAAACCCAUCCAAUUAUGAAGAUCUGUCAGGACGUUUUCGCCUGCUCAUCAGAAGCUACGACAAGCAAUUCGCCAGCAUUUACACCGUUCGUAUUAUCGAAGCGAGACGCAAAUUGGAAAAAAUUGUUCCUAAGAAAUGGGGUAAACCAGCCCAGACGUUGAUGUCUUUAAAUAAUGUCAAAGGAGAACCAUGCGUCAUUAUUGGAACUUUAUACAAGCAUCAAGAAUUAAAACCGAGUGUUUUACAAGAAGUCAGCAAACAGUAUCAAACAGUUCCUCCGCCAGCUCGUACACAUUUUGUUUCCGAUAAAGACGAACUUAUUCUUGAAGAUGAAACUCAAAGAGUUGUUCUUCAUGGUAAAAUGAACGUACACGAGGUAGUCACCGGCUGUGUCGUUGCUGUCUAUGGUAAACUGAUGAAUAACGGUGUAUUCGAGGUGGAAGAUUUUUGUUGGCCGGAGGUCGAACCGUGUACUAAGAAUUUACCUCCUCCAGUCGAAGACAAGUUCUUAAUUCUAAUGGGAGGUAUAGAAUUAGCUAUCAAUAGGGAGUCGUUAUCUUUACAAUUACUCAUUGAUUGGAUCACCGGAUGGGUUGGAUUAAAUGAAUUGAUUUUUGAUCCGUCGAAAAUUGUCCACGCGUUGAUUGCUGGAAAUUGUAUCCGAAGUAAGGCUCAGACGAAACCGAAAUAUGGCGCUAUUAUUGAUAAUGCGGAAGACGUCGAGGCUGUCAAAGAACUUGAUUACGUAAUUUCUCAGCUUCUUGGAAGCAUCGAUGUUGAUGUAAUGCCCGGUGAAUUCGACCCAACUACUCAUACUUUACCUCAGCAACCUUUGCACAAAUGUUUAUUCCCACAGUCUGCUGCGUUUCCCACGUUUCAUUCGGUAUCAAACCCUCACGCAUUUAGAGUCGAGAAUCGUCUAGUUGUAGGAACCUCGGGACAGCCUGUCGAAGACAUUCAACGUUACAGUUCGCUCACUGAUCCGCUGGAUAUCUUGGAGAGGACGUUGGAAUGGGGUCAUUUAGCUCCUACCGCUCCCGAUACUCUAGCUUGUUACCCAUUCUCUGAUCGUGAUCCAUUUAUAUUGAAAGAAAGACCCCAUAUUUAUUUCGUUAGUAAUCAAGCCAAGUUCCAAACUAAAGUAAAAGAGUACGAUAAUGGUUACAGUGUACGUUUAAUUUGUGUUCCAUCCUUCUUCCAAACUAAUUCCUGUGUAAUUGUGAAUCUACGAAACCUCGAAUGUCAAGAGAUAUCUUUCGAUGUAAAUAAAAGCGGUUGAAUUACGAUUAUUUUAAUUUAAAUGUAAUUUUUUUUUUUUACUUAAAAGAUCACAAAAUAUAAAAACUUUUACUUAAUGCUAUUAAAAUACAAAUAAUUCAAUCACGA